AUGACGCUAGAUCCCGCGAUCGGGCCUACAAAAAAAACAAUAUCCGUGUAUUGGUCCAUUCCACAGCGCAACACAUCCAGCAAUGUGGCUGGGAAGAAUGUGCGUACUGCCAGCUACCAGCUGCUUCACUGUUUCGGCAUUGCACACCGCGUGUACUAUGCCUCCUCGAUGCAGGGCAGCGCGUCCGUCUGCGAAGAUGCGAGACAGCCGCCUUAUCUGUGCCCUGUUGAUCUAGCUAAAGUCAUAUAUGCUACUUCAAUAACUGUGCUGGGAAGAUAUCGAUCCCUUCUGGAGUUUUUCUCAAAGACCAAAAAUAAAGGACACAAACUUUUUUGCUUCUUUCGCCGCUUAGAUACAGGGAAGGUUGGAUGA